ACUCGGCAUAUUCCAAAAGAAAUUAAGGAAAGAUAACCACAAAAGCAACGGAAAAACUUGGAAAACUGCCCUGCUUGUGCUGCGGCGCGACGAUUUUGCGUACUGUCAAACGGCGCAUUUGACAUUCACGCUGUUAAAGGAAAACUGGUCAGAAAGAAUCGAAGCGAUGAAAAAACACGCAGAAAAGUGAAGGUGGUUCUGCAGAACGAGUGUGUUCAUAGUUGGUAAUAGGCAUUUUUCAUUCUGCUUCUUGUUUCCCCGAAACGAUCGUGAUAAUCGUGAUGUGAAGCUUUGGGUGAAGAAAAAGCGAACGAAAGCAAUAAGAAGUCAAACACCAUUUCGUGUGUAGUUCGAGUUUGAAGCAAUGAAAAUGGUUCACUGCGAAUGUUUCGGCCGUGUCAACAUGGAAGUGUAGUGUGAAAAACAAGAGAAGCUUUUGGUGAAUAACAAAGCAAAAAGGAAAAACACAGUGUGUCCGGCGUGGAUGGCAGCUUCUCCGGUCAUUUUCACGUUCUAGUGGGAGUUUUUCUCCGGUCGGUGAAAAACAAAGCCACCACCGCCACGCAUUUCUCCCCCAUCCAUUCCAGUGUGUGUGUGGCGCCCGUCCGUUUGUGUCCCGAUUGCUGUGGAGUCCAUCCUGCCGGUGGAGGAGUGAGGAGGGAGCGCGUGUGUGUGUGUGUGCGUGUACCUCCCACCCGUUGGAUUUUCUUUCUUCUGUCUGUCCGACCCCAACAACCGUAGCGCUGGGCCAAUGUUCUGCGGUCGUCGUGGACGGUGUUUCACUACUACCAUCACCAUUACUUCGCUGAAAAGUGCAUCCAACAAUGGAAUGCGAUGUGUCGCCCGUUCCAUCGGUGCAGGCGAACCGUCCGACGAUACAGCAGCAACACAGCAUCGGUACAGUGGUGGUAACAGCGGUAGCAGCGAAAGGAUCCACUAACAAUGGCAAUAGUAGUACUGGCAGCGGCAGCAGUACCACAACCGCAUCGUCCACUACACUCAUCACCUCCACCACUACUACUACGGGUACUCCGGACAUCGGAACGGCCGACGGCACGGUGGCAGAGUCCACCACCAUGGAACCCACGACGACGACGUCGGAAGAGGACGAUGCGACACCGUCCUCGUCAUCGGUGGUGGUGGUGGCCAGCGCGUCAAUGGGCACUGCCGCAGAAGCCGCCGGAAUCAUCUCCGCACGGAAAAGUAUCAGCAGCAAUAAUAGCAGUAACGCCGCCCGCAAGACACCACUCCACGGUUCCUCAACGGUGGUGGUACCGUCGGAACCGGUGGCGGUGAUCGAAAUCAGCGAUCAUAGUACGACGGACGACAUUAGCUACCCGGAGCUGGUCUCCUGCGUCGAUUCCGACCUCAACUGUGUGGUUCUGUCGGACGAGUACGAUUCGUCGGUACCGCUGAGGGAAGACGAUCCACUAAAUGUUUCGACCGGUUCGAUCGAUAUGCUAUCGUCUUCGCAGUGCAGCACACCGGUACCACCGUCGGUCAGCGUCGUGGGAACAGCAGAGGCUAUUACACCGGGUCGGACAAGGAUAGCGACACCAACCAUCACCACCAGCAACAGCAGCAGCAGCGCAGCAACACCGAAACACAAUCACCAUUUGCGGCGAAAUCUGCCCCGAAUGGCGGCGACCAGUAGACAGCAGACGGCGGCGAAACAACCGCAAUCGGGUGCGGGCAGUCGGGGCGGUGCCUCGUCGUCGGAAAAACGUCAGCUUCGGCAGACAACGUCGGACGGGAGUAGUUCCGGUGGUGCUGCGUCAACGAUGCGUGAGGUGCUUGCAUCGAUCCCGGGGUUUAGCAUAAAGCCGAGGCGGCGCACGAACAAGAAGCUGUCCACCGCGGCCCAGCUCGAACAGACGCGCGAAGGUUGCGUCGAUCUGGAAACGCCGGACUCGAUUCUGAUCCACACGAAUCUGCGCGCCCUGUUGAACAGGGAAACGUUUCAGCUGCUGCCACCGCUGUAUCAGUACAAACUCGUCCAGCUGCUGCCGCCCGUCGAUCGGCCAACGCUACCCGAAGCAUCCCAGUGCGAGCGUAACGGCAUCCGGUUGAAUCCGUCCGGCUUGAACAACGAAUUCUUUGCCCGCGCCUGCCACGAAUGGCGGGACCGGUUAGCGGAGGGUGAAUUUACACCGGAGGCACAGCUAAAGAUACGCUCGGAGGCGGAGCGCGAAAAGAGCAAGCUCGAUCCGUGGAAGCUGAAACACUUCGAACCGAUGUGGGGUGAUAGGAAGUAUGCGUCGGCGUUUUUCGGAGCGGCAGGCACGGUGGCAAAUCCAACACCACCGACACCACCACCACCACCACCACCACCACCGACGGUAGAAGAACAGCAGGUGCUGGUACAGUCUUCACAACCACCCGUAUUAGCUGUAGCACCGGCGCACCAACACCAAUCGAUACCGGUACAGCUACCGGUACAUGCUCCCGUGGCCGUGAGCUGCUCGACAGCUCCGACCGUAUCGAUUGUUCCGAUGUCGAAGGGUGCUACGAUCGUUACUGUUGCACGACAGGCGCAGCAACCGGUAACGCUCGGGGCCCAUCCGACCAAAGUUGUGCAUCCCGCCGUGACAGCAAAGCUCGAUCCAAGCUCCCGAUCGUUAGGGAAAAUGCAAGCAAUCACCUUUUCCACUGCGGCCGGCGUUGUGCGACCCACGGCGAACGUUGCUAGCAGUAGUAGCAUUAGUAGUAGCAGCAGCAGCAGCAACACAAUCAUCACGUCCUCCACCGGCACUAUCAUCCUUCCCUCGCGGACGACAAUAACGGUCACUUCCGGCAGUGCGCCUAAAACCGGCGCUAGUGGCGGUAGUGGUGGCAUGCUAAGAGGAAGUGCUGGAACCGGUGUGGCGAGCGUGGCUGCUGUACCGAUCAGCAGCGGUAUAACUGUGGUCCCUAUUAACAUCCUUACCGGAAGCGGUAGCAGUAGUAUCAGUAGCAGUGGUGCAAGUAGUUCCAUUAACACGAAUCGACCCGCGCUUAAGACUACGAUAAAGCUGCGACCAACGACAGCGAUUGCUACGAGCACGACGGCGGCCGCAGCGAUUGGUGAGGGCGGCAAACAGCAUCCCUAUGCCGUAGGUUGUUCGUCGAAUGCAGCGGUUGUGAUUGGAAGUUCCACGGCAGCUGUCGGAGGCACCAAACGAAUUCUUCCGCCGGCUACGAUGAGUGUUAGCAGUAGUAGCAAUAAUGGUAGCAGCAGUACCGCCAUUAGCAGUACUAACUGCGUUGAGCAGAGCAGUGGCACAACCAGUUCGUUGCCGAUGUCUCCGAAACGGUUCCGUACCGUGGGUGCCGUUACGCGAUCGGCUUUGGCGGGCACGGGCACGCAACAGCUACCACCAGCGCAACACAAUCCCCUGCCGACCACCACCUCGGCCGCGAUGGCUGCCGGGUCAACGAUAACGCUCGGAUCUCGGCCGGUCGUUGUGAAGGUGGUGGAACCGUACCGUCCAUCGGCGAUGGUUCGUGCCGUCCCGAUCGAUCCGACGGUGAUUCAGACAAGCUCAAGCUUAAAGCGAACCCGUGCACUAACGCCCGAACUCAGCAGCAUCAAGAUGUCGGCGAAGCGGAAAGUGGAUGGCGACGAUGGUGGCGGCCCGCCACAACAGCAUCCGUUCAGCAGCAGCAGCAGCAGCUUGCAGCACAAUAAUCCGCGCCGAAUGGUGGCUGUUGUAACCGGGACCGCGACUACAACCGGCGGGGGGGAAGUGAACAGCAUCAGCAUCGGCAGCAGUAGUAGCAGCAGCAGCAGCAGCAAUGCAGCAAUGUACAUAAGCAGUAAUAAUAAUAGUAUCAAUCGCCUUAUCACCGCCACCGGCAGCCGCACCACUAUGCCGGCCACCUCUACGGACAGCAGCAAAUGCAGCAAAAGGAGCAUCGGCAAUGCUGCUGGUGGCACUAGCAAUAGCAAUAGUAGUAGAAUCAAUAUUAGCUGUAGCAGCACCACUACCAUUAACAGCUCAGAGGGCUUACUAAUCGAUCCCACCACCACAAACACCACCACAACCACCACCACCACCGCUAGCAGCCAUGUCGGAGCUGGUGCUACGGCUGCUGCGGCUGCUGGGAUCUUUCUGCAGUCGGGUGGCAGGAAGGGGGGACACAGACAGCAGCUGGUGGAAUGUGAUACACGAAAGACGGCGCCUCCGAUGGAUGCGACCAAUCGGCUGGUGUUACUUGACGGAGGAGCGCACGAGAAACGACGACGAGGGCUGCUUCCGUACGAAGUCGUUGUUCCACCGGUGGCGGCUGUAGUUGGUGGUGGUCCGUCUAAGCGGAGAGUACCCCGCCAAGGGCUUAAACCGAACCGCAAUCGGGCGGUGGCGACCACUCCAACCACAACAACGAUCACGAUAGUGGACGACGAGGUAGACGGGUCACCACCGGCGUUCGCGGGUCAAGCGGUCGAAGAAGAUAGUCACGAGCUGGACGAAGCGGAAGAGAAUCCGGAAGUGUUACGAAGAAGAAUCGUAGCACCGAUGGUAAAUGGUGAUGUGGCGGAAGUACACGAGCAGCGACGAUCGUCCUCGCCGCCACUUGUCCCUUCGUCCGAUAUUAUUCUCGAAGAAGCGAUCGACUGUGGGGACGUUGCAGAUAGUGGCGAACAUCGGCUGAAGGGUGAUUUCAUCGAAGCGAACUCCUCCUCCCUGCACUUGCAGGACACGGGCGAGCAGCAGCGAGUGAUGAAUCUGAACCACCUGCACUCGAUAAACGAUACCGGUGGUACGACACAGAUGAUCUACGAUCAAAACACCGGCCAGGUGUACAGUGUGAUGUGUCUACCGCAGCCGCAGAAUAACACGACGCUUGGUGCCGCCGGUGGUGGGUUAAGCCUCCGAUCGCUUCCAUCCUCGCUGACCGUAACGGCUUUACCGCAGCAACAGCAUCCGCCCCAGCAACCGCAGCUAUCGAUUUCCAACGAUAGUAGCAAUAGUAGCAGCGUAUCGACCACCGCCAUGAUGGCAGCGAGCGACAAUCAUCUGGAUGGCGGGGCAGGCGGCGCCGGAGGAGGAGCAGGCGGUGCGGGAAGUUCCGGGCCGGGUUUGAGUACGUUUGAGAAUGUGCUGCGCCAGAAUGUGAUGGAUGGGUCCGAGCUGGUGAUCGUUAACCAUCAUCAGGUACGCCCGGACCAGGAAGGUGUGAUCAGUGUGAAGGAAGCAGAUGAGGAGGAUGAGGAUGAAGAGGAGGAGGACGAGGAAGAGGGUGAUGGAGAGCAGGUGCAUACCACAACCACUACCACCAACACUGCCGACGAAGAGGAGGAGGAAGACGAGGAGGAGGUGGAGGAUGAGGAGGAGGAAGGAGAGGAGGUGGGGGAGGAGAAUGGGGAAGAAGAUCCGGAUGCGCAUGAGCAACAGAUCCUAAGGCGGCAUGGGUUACAGCUGCACGAAGCAUUGGCGGGGGCUUGUGAAGAUGACGACGAUCACCAGGCUCCAGGCGAGUGUUUUAAUGGUGAAGUGAUACGAACCGCCACCGGUGUAGCAGCAGCAGCAGCAUCAUUCGGCAACAAGCUGGGUAACUAUGGGCCCGCGAACCUACAGCAACAUCAUCUGCACCUGCAGCAGCAUCACAACAAUCAUCUGCACCACCGGGUGCAGGGUGCGAUGGCUGGCGGAGUUGGCGGGAUGAUGAGCAUGAAUCUGACCGGCUUUCAUCACGACCACGAGCUGCUGCACCAGCAGCAGCAGCAGCAACUGCAGCAGCUUCAGCAUGCUACCACCACCACCAGCUCACCGUGCUCCGUGUCCUCGGAACAGCCGGAGGGGCUCAUGAUGAUGGUGACGACUACCGCGGACGGUAACGAGGAGGACCCGGCUGCUGGACUGUCGUCGAACAGCGGCGAUGUGAUGGUGAUGACGACGAGCAACUACUGUGAUAAUCUGUCCGCCGCCGACGAAGCUGACGGUGAGGACGAGGAGGAGGAAGAGGAAGAAGACGAGGGGCGACAGCUGGCCGAGGAGCACGAUCAACUGCUGCUGGACGGUGGAAGUAGCGUCGGGAUGGAGGAGGAAGCUGUCGGUACGAUCGUGGAUCAGUACGGCAAUCAUCACCAUCCGAGUGAUCUGAACCAUCGUCACGGUGGUAUGAUGGUGCACGAUGGAUCGGAAGAGGAGGAGGAGGAGGAGGAAGAGGCCAGCUUCGUAAUGGAUCAGAUGCAGCAGCAGCAGCAGUUGCAGCAACAGUUUCAUCUCGCUAGUGGACAGAACCAUCAGCAGCAGCUUCACAAUCACCAAUCGCUGGUGACGUCUUCUGGAGGUGCAGACGGAACGCAGAUGCAUCUGCACCCAGGAGGUGUCGGAGGAAUGCUGCUGGAUGGUGAUGGUGCUGGCUGUGUGGAGGAGAGUUUUGAGAAUGAAGAUGAUGUAGAGCAACAUCAGCAGCAACAGGCCGAAGAUGAGGCUCAAGAUGGCCAACAGCUGUUGCAGCAGCACCAGACAUCGGUUGUUCAACAUCAGCAACAGUACACAAACAGUCACAGCCACCAUCACCACCAACAGCAGCUAGUGGAGAAGUAUAUCGACGAGAUGGACACUAUCGGCGGUGGAGCAGCAAGUGUUGUCGGCGAUGGAAGCGAUCCUGGCGCUGGCUACGUCAUGGAUGCGGGCAGUGGCGAAAUGAUGCGGACAGAAAUUGUGGUGGAGCAUAAUCACGACGAUCACGGGACGAUAGCGUUGGAGCAGGUGGGGACUCUUAAUCAAGAGGAACACGAUGAUGUGGGAGAUGGCAGGAAUGGUGCUUCCUCUUCUGUGUUUGAUAAUCGGUACGUCAAUCAGUCGGACGACGUUGGUGGUCCGAUCGUGGAAGUCGCGCACGACCCUCGGCACCACAAAGCACCGGAAUUUGAUGAAUCCGACGAUGGAAGGGGGGAGAUGAUCGAUGAACGACGCGUCGUGGACAUGCUGGAAGAGACCUGCGCCGAACGUGGGAUGAUACAGCAGUCCGUACCACGGGAGCAUCUGCCGACACUGCUCGUACCGGUGUCGGGUGUCGCUAAUGUGUCGUCACAGUCGGCCGAAAGUUCGUUUGCAGCGACGAUGAGUGGUGGUGGCAUGCCAGUGCUGGCCACCAAACGUACCACCAUACUGGUGGUGGAAGAUUGCAUAUCAACGAAUGGGCUGCAUUCCCCGUACGGGCCAGCGCCGCCAUUCGCUCGGAGACGUUCGCUGAACGGUGUAGAGCACGUACUAUCUUCGAUGCAGAAGUACGAACCGAGGGAGGAAGACACGGAUCAUGAUUUACCGUCGGGGAGGAAUGGUAACAACGAUCUUUUUCACGGUGAGGAAGAAGGUUCAGGUGCACCGGAAGUGGAUGAAGAUGAUGGUGGAGCAGGACACGAACAUAAGGGGGGCGGCGGCCAUGAGGAAGUACUUGCAGCAUCCUCCUGUGGUGAUUGGCCACAGUUCAAAAUAGAAAUGAUGGGUACAACGAAGAUGAUGGUAGUAGAUCAUCAUCAGCUCGUAGAUGGCAAUAACAGUAUUAUCAUUUCACCGCUCGGCACGCCAGGAUCGGCCACGAUGAUACCCUCGCCCGGUGCAACAACACUACAGCAACAACAACAACAACAGCAACCGCAGCACCACCACCACCAACAGCAGCAGCAACAACUGCACAAUUCUCAAUCGCUUCAUCAACACCUAACAACAGUGAAUCAACAGCAACGCACGGCACUACAGCAGCCAACAUCCAUAUCGAUGGCACCGACCGCAACGCUCGUGCAGCAGAUAGCGCCCCACAAUCCGCUUCAGCAGCAACAGCGCCCCCCGCCGCAACAGUUGCAUACAUCCGGGGGCGUUAAUGCGGCCACCACGACAGCAGGGAUCAGUUUUUUAGCUCACCAUACACAGCCCACCGUACCAACCAUGACACCCGGAACAACCGUGCUAAACUCGCCACAACAACACCAACCUCCACAGCAAGGCUUAAGCAUAUUUCAACUGCACCCGCAGCAACAGCAACACCACAGCCCGCAGCAGCCGGUGCUAGGGUGCGGCAACAGCACGAUUCAGCUGACAACAGAGAUUAAGGAUGGCAUUCGGAACAGUAUGGUGAAGACGGAACCGGGCGUUAGUUACACCACGAUCCGUCAAGGUAAUCAGCUCGUAACGCGCAUCAAGAUGGAAAAUGAUGAUAGUCAGCAGCAGCAGCAGCAGCAACAGCAACCGACACAAACGACUCAACCAACCUUUCAGACGCAACUGCCCAAAGUGAACGUGGUGACGUCUUCGCCGCUGAUAUCGAUCGGGCCCGGAAGCAGCAGUCAGGACAAUUUGUCACGCGUGAUAGAGAGUGUUGCUGGGAAUUAUUCAUCCGCUGCCUCUCCUGUGGGUAGUCAGCAGCAGCAGCAGCAACAGCUUGUCACACACCAGCAGCAACAGCAGCAGCAGCAAUUGAUACAGCACGUGCAGACCGCGUCCGGGCAUCAGCUACGCUACGAAAUGGAUCCGACCACCGUCAUGCAACAGCAAUCCGUGUCUCCAUCGCAGCAGCAGCAACUCAUUGCACAACAGCAACAGCCAAAGUUCAUCAUAACGUCUCGACCGCUCGGUGGUGCGGUGAAUGCUGCUGGGUCUGCGCCCGGCACCAAGCUGCCCCUUACUGUGCAGGCCGCCACCAAUGUGCUACCUCAUAUGCAGAGUCCGCAACAGUUUAUCCAAGCGCAGGACCAGCAGAUGCAGCUUGCAACUCAACCCACCGUACCGCCGCUACAGAAACCGAUCCAGCUGCAGAAGAUUAUUAUGGCAACGUCAGCGAUUAGCCAGCAGCAGCCGCAGCAGCAGCAGCAAAGACCCCGAUUGCCUCUACAGCAGCGUACACAGUACAGUGUGCAAGCUAUUCCCCAGCAGCAGCAGCAGCAGCAGCAGCAGCAACAGCAACCGCAGCAGUUCCAGCAAGCACCAAAGGUACCGCCACAAGCUGCUACACCUCCAACCCAAUCGCAGCAGCGCUUUCAGCAGAAAUAUGUGACGAACCAGCUGAUACGUGGCCAGAAUGCGUUUCUCAUGAACAAUGUGCACCAUCUGCAACAGCAAACGCAACAGCAGCAGGUCGCAGGUACGGUUGGAGCGAAUGUGAUCGUUGGAGCGACGAGCAUCAACCGAGGUAAACGAUCGAACGAUGUUGGUGGCGGCUCGUCCACCGGACCGCAUGCUGCUACAAACUCGACCGGUAAUGGUAGUGGCAGUAGCAGCGGAUCCAGCUCAUCGUCCAGCGGCAGUAAGCAGCGAGGUGGACGCACGAGCAGCUCACGGUUACCGCCCGGUGCGGUGAAUCUUGAGCGCAGCUACCAGAUCUGCCAGGCCGUAAUACAGAACAGUCCGAACAGGCAUCAGCUGAAGGCGCAGCUAAAGUCACCGCAAGCGUUUCUGGCCGCUUCAAACUCUAAUUCGAACAGCAGCAUUAGCAGCAUCGGUAGCACGGGGAGCAGUAGCAGCAGCAGCAGUAGCAGUAGUAGUAGCAGCAGUAGCAGCGGUGUCUCUGCGAGCAGUAUUAUUGGCAACAAUACCAAAGAGGAUGCGAACAGCAACAGCAGUGGCAACGGUAGCAGUGCCUUUGGUGGAGUGUUGGGUAUUGGAGGAAAUAAGAUGUCCCGUUUGGUGAACUCGUCGAAGCGCACCGUCUCGGCCGGCGGCGUUCGACCGCAUUCGUCCAUCGUUGUGCGGCAGGUGAAUGCGUCAGGUGGGUCUGCCGCCGCCGCUACAUCCGCUUCGUCGGGUCAGUCAAACCCAAUCAGUAUUAUCGCGGCCGCACAAUCACAGCACCACCAGCAGCAGCUCCAUGCUCUCGCCGGUGAUCAGCAGCAGCUUGGUCAGAUCAUCAGCGUGAGUGCUGCUCCAACGAUCGUGCAUGCUGCGGGUGCUGCUUCCGUCGCUGGUAAUAACAGCGGGGCUAAUGCGCAUUCUGGCGGUGCGGGUGGUGCUGGGAACUUUGCUGCUGGCGGGAAGUAUUUGCUGGUACAGCGUACAGCAGCGGCCCACAUCGGGGAGAUUGUAACGCCACGGGCAGCCAGUGCACCACCGACACACAAUCAGAUACAACUUCACCACGUUCCUGCACCGCCGCAGCAACAGCAACCGCCGCUCCACAAUCCACAAAUGGCCACCGUGCAGCAGCAACAGCUAUCACACCAGGUGCAGCAUCAUAUGCAGCAACAGCAGCACCAGUUGCAGCAACAGCAGCAGCAGCAGCAGCUAGCGGUCGGUGCGAACGCCGUUGCGCCCGCCACCACCAGCCUACAGGCGGCAAUCACCCGCCGAAUACCGUCCACCCACGUGAAUACUACUACCACCACCACCGACACCAUCUCCUACGGUCAGGAGGAGGAUACGCAUCCGAUCGAUCCAACGGUAGCGGCGGACACGGUGGCAGCGCCGCCGCCAUCGUCCGAUGGUGCUGAAGAAGAAGGUACGAUGGCGGAUGAUGACACGGGUGAUGCCGAUGCACACCAACAGGAGCAGCAGCAGCAGCAGCAGUACUAUCAGCAGGAAGGAGGAGAACUUUUGGACGCCGGUGCUGCUGCGCACGAGACAAUGAACGGACAGGCAAUAGAAUAUGCUGUCGAAGGGAACGAACAUCAGCAUCACUUUGCGGAACAGUUGAUCGGUGGUCAGCAUAUCGCACAAUCACACAACGAUAGAAUGGCCCUAGACGACGGUGUGGAUGUGGUCGUUGAUGGAUUCAUCAAUCAUGAUGAUGCAGGAGGCAAUCAUCAUCACACCGCUACAACCGCAGAGCCACCACACCAGGACAUGGCCAACGGUACCGACGCGUCCUGUUCACCGCAGCUCGAGACGGACGACUACGAUGACGAUGAUCGGGACGACGGUACGGCAGACCCAGCAGCCGGGGAGGAGGACGACGAGUGUUCCUGCUCGCUCAAUGCGAUGGUCAUCUGCCAGCAGUGUGGUGCCUUCUGCCACGAUGACUGCAUCAGUGCAACGAAACUGUGCGUGUCCUGCGUGGUACGCUAGGUGUUGUGGGGGUAGGAGAUGUAGCCCGGUUUGAGGCCAUCGGUAAGGAACUUCUUUGGAACAUCUACACACACACACACAGCUUCAGGAAAGUGUGGUUGAGCAAGAAAAGGACAGGGAAUACAUAAUACGGUUUUUUCUUCCAAAUUUUGAAUUUUUAACGAGCAAGCAAAACUGAAUUUAAGUUUGCUUUUACGCAAUUAUUACGGUGCUUUCGGAACAGGGGACAGUAGUUAGUGGAAGCUGUAGUGGUGGCACCUUGCGUAAUUUUCUGUACACAAUGCCUUGCGUGAAAGGCAUGUCCGGUCUCUGGUAAAAAAGGGAAGAAUUUACUUGAAUUAUCGACAUCAUGAAGAUAAGAAGAUUUUUUGCUUGUUUUGUCCUUUGUUUUUGUAUAGUUUGUAUAGAAGAGGAGCAUAUCAACAGGAAGUGAGGAAUCGGGACCCCGACCGAAGUAGAUGAGGUUCAACAUUUCCGCGCUAGAGAGAGAGAGAGAGAGAGAGCGAUUCACGAUUGGUCCGCUUAAAUAAUUUCGUUCUCUAGAAGAUGACGAGUUUUCGCGCACACCGUAAUGAACUCAAAGAUUAAUGGAAAAAAGUGUAAUGCAAAGAAGACUUUCGCGUACUUUUUUCCCUCCCUUUCGCUUUCGUAUAAUGUAUUUAUUAUGUUAAUUAUUACUGGUUUAUUUUAUUAGUUCCGUAUCGCUCGUUGAUGAUGAUGAUGAAGGGAUUGAAUUUUACUCCUAAUUUUCUCCUACUGGCUCAUUAUGGCACGGACCUAUGUGAUCACAUCCUCUGGAGAAAGGAAGCGAAAAUGUGGGUGUGGUGGGUAGGGACACGGGGGUGCGAGAGGAGGGAGGGAUACGCUAUUGUCGUUGAUAUAUGUAUAUCUUCUUCAGUUAAUGUUUUGCAAAGUUAAUGCUACGCCCCGUCAUACACACACACACACAAACACACUCAUCCCCCCCCCCCCUUUGUAUGAUAGUAGGAAAAUUGUGUUUCCAUGUACAUUUUAUCCAUUAAAAAAAAAAAGAAAAACUCACAUCAUGAAUCUUCUUUGCGCUAGUUUGCCGGGGGAAAUAAUGCAAAACGCGGGAAGAUUAAUCAUUUGUUUAGAAUAACUUAAAGAUACGAUUAAUCUAGGGACGCAGUAGUGGUUAGAAGAGCAAAACAGCAAAACGAAAAAAAAGGAAACACAAAGACAAGAAAACGGCUAACGAGAGAGAGAGAGAGCGAGCGAUGAUUGCUGAAAACCUGUGGUGCACAGUGAUAAAGCAAUUUAGGAACAGGAAAAUAAGCAGCGGGCGGCGCUCAUUUGCACAAAAAAAACGAUGGAAAAGAAAAGAAAAGCCGAGAGAUUAGAGAAAGAAGAUGUUGCAAAUAAUGCUAACGACAAAGUAAGGUAAUUUAUUAUCACACUACUGUGAAAAAAAAACAAACACAGCAGAAGAAGCCACACACAAACGAUACAACAGCUAAAACUGACACAAUAAGCAGAGAAGCAAAAGAGAGCAGCAAACUGAUAAUAAAACUCGUGCGAAAAGUAUGAACAAAACAAAACGAAGCAAGAAAAACACAUAAAGUGAAAACAACGGGGAGAAGAAAAGCUACAUUUGUGGUAGCACGAUAAGAAGAGAUUCAUAAAGAAAAUAUGUAAAAACGAA